AUGCAAAAUCUUGACGAAGUAAAGGAAUAUUUUGAUACUACAGCAGCCCUGUACAAGUUCUUUAAGAAGUCAGCUGUGUUAGAAUCGUAUAACGGCACUGCAUUGAAACGGCUUAUUGAGACGCGAUGGUCUGGUCACUUUGAAAGUACCAGCCAUGUGCACAAAAAUUAUGGCGAUUUGAUCCAAGCGCUUAUGGUGGCAUCAAAAAAUAAGAAGUUAUCUGGUGAAGAUCGAGCACAGGCAACAGGGCUCCUUAGCCUAAUGGAAGAUAAUGAAGACCACGUGUUUGUCUUCAUAACUUGUAUGUUGAUGGAUGUGUUGAAACCUAUUGAUAUUGUUGUUAAACAAUUACAAUCCCCGGACGAAAAUCUUAUUUCAGCAUUGCACGUGGUCAACGCCGUCAAAGACGACAUCAAAUCGAAACGCGAAAAUAAUACUUCGAAUGAGAAAGUUAAAAAGAUGGUUGAUGAUUUCUUAGAAAGUGUGAGGAUCACGUCAACCGACGGCGUGCAAGUGCAACGCAGACCUACAAGAAAUACUGCUGUUCCCUCUCGUUUUGAUGAUUUUUUAAUAACUGACCGUAUCCCGAGCGCAAACAACAGUCGCACCAACUGUCAAAUUUUUGUCGAGUGCUUAGAUUUGCUGGAUGCGGAAUUCCUCCGAAGAUUUUCUGAAGAAAACAUCGCACUAUGGGAAGCCAUGCUGGCCUUAUCGCCGUCGUCAGAUAAUUAUCUUGACUAUGAUGCUCUCAUACCCUUAUUUGAGUACGCGGUGAAUAUUCCAGUGAUAAGAGAUUUCUAUCAAAAAGAAAAAUUAUCACGCGAAGAUUUAGAAGCUGAGUGCCGAAUUUUUUCUCGUGUUUUUAAAGACAAAGAAUGGCCCAAGAAUGCAGCUGACAAAGUUGAUUUGAGCGAGGUCGCUAACAUUGUCAUAAAGGAACACCAGAAGGGAGCUCCUGUACUAUCUUCGUUGUACAAAGUAGCUAUCACUGCUGGUUUCACAUCAACGAGGGUUGAAUGUGUUUUUUCAUCCCUUACAAGAGUUGAUUCCCCUCAGCGGAGGUCGAUGAAAACAGAAAGAGAAGCAAAUCUAGCUUAUCUAAGUUUUGAAAGCGAAGUUCUGAUAAAUGACAUUACCUUUGACGAUUUUUACAAAGCUUGGAACUUGAAACCAAGAGCAUUGUCGUUGUAA